AAAACAGCAAUGGGUUAUGAGGAAGCAAAAGUUGUACAUGGGUGUUCCUCAUAUGUUGCUAUCAAAAGACAUAACUCAUUCUCUGUAGAAGUAGAUGGAGCUUGUGUGGUCAGAGCCACAUCCAUCAUCUGAAAAUGAUCUGAACGUUCCAUUUUCAGAGAAUCCUCCACCUUGCUCAAAGCCAGUGCUACCUUCCAUGGAUAUCCAAAAGGAGAAGAAGGAGGACCAAGAACAUCACUAUGAGUCAAAGCCUGAACUCAACCUCAUCAACUGCAUAGAUACAAAUUUGUGCAUGAACUCUUCUUCAGAAUCAUGUCAUGGAGGAGGACACGGUGAUGAAUUGGAGCCAAGGAUAUUCUCAUGCAACUACUGCCAAAGGAAGUUUUAUAGUUCGCAGGCACUUGGGGGACACCAGAAUGCGCAUAAGCGUGAAAGAACUUUGGCAAAAAGAGGACACAAAGCUGGUGCUGCAGUUCCAAUAGAUUUUGCACACAGGUAUUCUAGCAUGGCUUCUCUGCCUCUGCAUGGCUCCUAUAAUAGGUCACUGGGAAUUCAGGCACAUUCUAUGAUCAACAAACGCUCUUUUCAAACACAAACACCAGGUUUUUGUCUGUCACAUUCUCAUGCUCAAAACUGCUCUCAGAAGCGGCCUUUGUACUACUCACAACAAGCAACUGGGGCAGAAUCUGAAUCACCCUUGGAUGGUACCAUCCAACGGCUAGGGAAGUUUUGUCCAAGGCUGAUGCCAGAGGGAUUUGGAAGCUACUGGUUGGAUAGUGUUCACCAUUUGAAGACUAAACAAGAGGAGUUGCACAAGCUUGACUUGUCCCUUAAACUCUAAGUGCAACCAAACCUUCAUAUGAAUUGUGUCUUUUCUCUUUCCAACAAGAGAUCUCUAUCUUUUCUUUUUCUGUUUCUGCUCUUGUAUCACACUAGUUGCAGCAGCUGUAAAUGCAUUUUAGCCGCAUAAAAACGAAAGUUCGUGUCUUGAUAUCAUUUGCUUUGAUUUGAAUUAAUGGAUUCUUCUGGGAUUUCAA